AUGAACUUUGCUCCAAAAUAUCCCAGCAAAGAACCCUCAUACAUAGCUGACGAUUCAUAUUCGGGUGCGUUAAUUGAAGAAACAUUAUUAAAAGUGCUAGAAAUAUAUCAACCAGAGGAUAUUUUUAACUGUCAAGAAACUGGAUUGUAUUAUAAUGCUAUGCCUGAGUGCUCCCCAAAGAACUCUAAUGGUGACAUAAAGAUCACUAAUGAAACAAAUGAUGAAACUAGCGAAGGUGAGAAGGCUGAAGGGGAGAGUGGGAAGGCUGAAAGGGAGAGUGAGAAGGCUGAAGGGGAGAGCGAGAAGGCUGGAGGAGAGAGUGAGAUGGCUGAAGGGGAGGAUAAUCAUUCGGUCGUUAGUAAAGAGGCAGAUAAUCAAAAUGGUAGUGAGAAGUCAAGUAAAGUUGCUAGUACAUAUGAUCGAAUGACACUUCUAUUGUGUUGUAAUAUGGCCGGGUCAGAGAAACUCAGACCAUUGAUUAUUUGUAACAAUACAACAGUUAAAUUAGAGGAUAAUGAAGCCCCCGUUAUUUACAAGACAAACAAUUAUGGUCUUAUGACAACUGAUUUGUUUGCAUCCUGGCUUGAAGAUCUCGAUAAAACCAUGGAGAAAGACAAAAGACAAAUUUGUAUGAUUUUAACUGAUGUUGAUGAACAUACUUCCCGUUGUGCGUUAAAUAAUAUCCGCUUGGUAUAUGUACCUCCUGGAACUACCUCAUUCACUCAUCCACUCAAUCAUGGAAUCAUCCAAAACUUCAAAGCCCUAUAUCGCCAGCAGACCAUCUCCAAAAUGCAUGUACAGAAAUCUGAUGAUUUGGUCAACUCAACUACAAAACUAGGCGUAUUAGAUGGUAUUUUCAUGCUCAGUGAAUCAUGGGACCAAGUCAAACAAUCCACCAUACAAAACUGCUUUAUGAAAGCCAUGAUGGGCGCUGCGUCUGUCAAUGAAUCAAAUGAAGUCAACGAGAAUGAGGUUGUCAGCCCUCCCCAGAACAUGACAAAGGAAGAAUUUCAUAAAUUUGUCAACAUCGAUGAUCAUCUACAGUGCUUUGCUACCAGUCGUUCACCACUACUCUCUAAAUACCAUGUUCCUCAUGAGUCUCCAUCUGUUGGUGAAAUGUUGGCCAAUAUAGAAAAGAAAGUACAGGCUAUGAGUGAGAAUGGUAGCAGUCCCCCACGAUAUCAGUCAACACCUUUACGUCACACUGCCUCACCUAUCAACUUAGCCAAAGAUAAAUCAUCCAUUGGUAUCAAUUUAUCACACAGUGCCAACUCUAGCCGAAAUCAAAGUCCUGUCAUGUUCGAUGGUGGUGAACAUCCAAGAAAGAAGAACAAAUUAGACAAACUGGCUCAUCGUCUAAUGAAUGGUGAAGACAAAUCCUCUAGUCCUAAAACGCCAAGUACAUCAAGUGUAACAAAUCAUCACUCCAAGUCAAUCUCAUCCUCAUCAUCAUCUGCAUCAACCAAAUCAACGCCCAAAAUGUUACCCAACAUGGCAGCUGCCAAUCCAUUCAUGCAGUUUCAAAUGCUAAAUAUGAUGCAACAUCAACUCAAUCCAUUAAUGGCCGCCAAUACGUUAUCACCUGCAUUGAAUCCGUUUGUUCAGGGAGCUACCCAGAAUCCUUCACAUCAAGAUGCUUUAGUGGCACUUGAUACUUUACGUCAGUAUUUGGAGUCGCGUAAUGAUGAGGCUUGUUUGGGAGCAUUCAAAGUGUUUGAUGCCUUUGUGAGAUUCAGCAUUAUGCGAAAUCUGCAACAAAGAAUGUAA